AUGCCGUCAGUGGGCGUCUUUCUCGACAACGGCGGCGGCCUCAUAAAAGCCUGCCAAUUGCCGCUUAGUCGCACGACCGCCUCGCCCAGCCCUCCGCCGCUCCCCGCCUCUCUCACCGUCCCAAACGCGCUCGGCCGUCUUUCCAAGCAUGCCCUUCCGCCGCCCCCCGAACUCUUGGGCAAAUCGCGACGCCCAGCCGGCAUGCUCGUCGGCGGCGAGUUGCUCGUCGCCCCCGACGUGACCGGCAUGGUUCUACGGCGCCCCGUCGACCGCGGUGUCGUGGCCCUGUGGGACGCCCAGCGCGACGUUUGGGCGAGCGUCUUCUCCAAGCAGCUGGGCAUCGAUCUUGACAACCCCGUGGACACUGCCCUCAUCGUCACUGAGCCACUGGGAUUACCAGUCCACAUGAGGCGCGCCAUGGACGAGCUCGUAUUCGAGGAAUUUGGAUUUGCGGAGUGCGCCCCGGUGUGUCCGCAGAGACUAGCCGCUGCGGGUGCGCGGAGGCCUACAGCCUUGAUAUUGGAUUCUGGCUUUAGUGCGACGUCGGCGGUACCGGUUGUGGACGGCGUGGAGCUUGCGUUGUGCGCACGACGGCUUUCGCUAGGGGGGAAGGCGCUCACGAAUAUUCUGAAGGAGACCGUGAGCUUUCGUAGUGUUAACUUGAUGGAUGAGGGUGUGGUGGUAGAGGCGGUGAAGGAGCGCUUGUGCUACGUGUCGUUGGACUACCACGAGGAGCUUGCGCAGUGCAAGAAGGGAGAAAAUAGAAUUCGACGAGAGUAUGUGCUGCCGGAUAUGUCGCGUAUCGGCGGCGAUCGCUUGGGGCAUGUGUUGACGGAGGACGAGGAGACGGAUGGGACGGAGCAGAUUCUCCCGAUGAACAAUGAGCGCAUAUCUGUGCCAGAGAUUCUGUUUAACCCGAGCGAUGUGGGGCUGCAGCAGGCGGGCUUGGCUGAGAUCAUUUUUCAGGCGAUUCAGGCGUGUCCAGAGGAUCUGCAUGCGCAGUUGUAUGCAAAUGUUGUGUUGACGGGAGGGAAUUGCAAGUUUGGAAACUUUUAUCAAAGGGUUGUUCAAGAGCUAAGGCCACUUGUUCGAGACAAUUAUGACGUGUGCGUUAACAUGGGCGACGAUCCUGUGUUGACGACGUAUCAGGGUGGCGCCAGAGCGCUUUCUGAUGAUCACGUGCCUUUGAAUUUUGUUACAAAGGCUUUGUAUGAGGAAAACGGUUCCGAUGCAGUGUUGAGACAGCUUUACAAGGACUCAGAUAAUGAUAGAUAG